AUGCCGACAAACACCUCCCCUCACCUCCCCUACCUAAAACAAUGCCUCACCCUAGCGGAGCACUCACCCCCAAGACCAACCAACUUCCGAGUCGGCGCACUCCUUCUCUCCCGCAAAGACGACGACCCCACCUUCGCAGACGACCGGAUCCUCUCAACAGGAUACACAAUGGAGCUAGCGGGCAACACACACGCAGAGCAAUGCUGUCUCUCCAACUACGCCGCAGUGCACAAAGUGCCCGACGAGCAAGUCGGCGACGUGCUCCCCGUCGAGCCAGGCCGGAAACUCGUCAUGUAUGUGACUAUGGAGCCGUGCGGGAAGCGGCUGUCUGGGAAUGCGCCGUGUGUGCAGCGCAUUACGCGGACGAGGGAGGGUAGUCAGGAGGGGAUUCAUAAGGUUUAUUUUGGUGUUAAGGAGCCUGGCACGUUUGUUGGGGAGUCGGAGGGUUGCCAGAUGUUGACGAAGGCGGGGAUUGAGUGGGAACAUGUUGGGGGGUUGGAGAGGGAGAUUUUGACUGUUGCUUUUGCGGGGCAUGAGAAUGCGGAGGAGGAGGUUAGGGCUGCGUUGGAGGGGAAGGAGAAGGGGGGUAGUGAUGGGGGUGGUGAGCAGAGGCAGAGUCAGGCGGAUAUGCCGAGGAAUCCGAAGAAGAGGAUGAUGGAGGGGGAGACUCCUAUCUAUCUAUGA